AUGGAACGUGCCUCGCAUAUCGGCUUCGGUUUAACCACUUCCGCAUCUCUUGCUGAAUCUCGUUUUGGCUCAUUUGCUUUAACUUCUUUGUCUACAAAUUUUGAACCUGCUAGUGGAAUAUUUGGUCAAACCGUUUCGGAAGCAAGCAGCAGUGGUUGUAGGCGAACAUUAUCUUCUAUAAUAACUCCUCGUUGGGAUUUACCAAUUGAUUAUCCUGCACAAUUUGCUGUCGACUUUUGGAAUGUUCAUGUGCAAGCAAUGAAUGAUGUCUUUGGUGGCAACAACGUUUUAGAUCGUCUUCGCCAUCCUGGAUUGCCUGAGUACAUUCUUGACUUUAACGGAGAUACCCACACAAAUCUAAAUCGAAAACCAAACUCAAGAAAUAUCAUUAAUUAUGGCAAUAUUCGUGUCAUUCUUAAUGGAGCAUCAUAUGAAACAGACGAGGAAAUAUUGGAUAUUGUUCAUCUGCUCGGAUCACAAUUGGAACAAUUGACUAGAAAAUUGGGUCACAAUAGAAGAAAUGUAGACGGAGAAGACGAUGGAUAUUUUGAGAUUGCUCUGGAAAAUGAAAAUUUGUUGGAAAAUUCAAUAGUUGAUCUAAAACCUAGUAUUUAAUUAUUUUUAAAUAUUUUUUUCGGGAUCAACCCAGAAGGUCUAGACCCAGAAGGAGAUCAAAUGGCCCAGGAGAUCAAAUAAAAAUUCUGGGCGGGUAAGGAAGGAUUUGUUGGGAUUAAGGGACAUAGGACGGAAAUACUCUCAUGCAACUGUCGGAUAAUGCAAAAGGAAGCAGGCAAACAUUUUCACCAUUAUC